AUGAAGACUUCUUUCAUUACGAUUGCUUUUUCUCUCGCAGGUGCCACCCUCGCUGCUCCUACCACUGAGUCCCGAGUCUAUCCCUACAGCAUCGGCGACCUUUCCCUCAAGCACACUAUUGAGGGUGACACCUGGGAUUUGACGUUCUAUCUUACUUCCAGGAGCCCUGUGGGUGAGGCCCUUGAGACCACCACCUGCCACACUGCUUGGAUAAAUGGCACACUUCCUGUCGGCCCCAAGAGCCCAGAGCCUUGCGCUGACCCUGCCUACUCCUUCUUUUUCCCCGUUGGGGCUUCAAAUGUCGAGAGGUUUGAAAUCGCCGCUGAGGGACCUGCUGGAACAGCUGUGAAUUUCAUUGAGUCUGGUUACAAGUACCAGUGUGGCCCUUACACAGGCCCUAUUGGUAAUGUCGAUACCGAGUGCAAGACUAUCAACGGUGGAGAAUUCUACCUCCACCAGUAG